AAUGGAUAAUUAUUUCACAAUCAUCAGUUUACUUGGAUUAAGAAACUAAAAUCUUCCUCCCUUUAGGUUUGAAAUGAUAAAUAUUAUUACAGAGAAGCUCGUUUGAAGAGAUAUAGAUCAAUUAAGAAGAUGGUUGAGUUGAUAGAAACUGCUGGUUGGACUUAGCCUAAAAUCCCAUUCAAUGCAUUUUGCUUGAGUUCUUAAGAUCGUACAUUUAUAGUGUUAUUUCUCCUUUAGCUGAAUGGGAAGAUGAUAUGACCUAUCCAGUGAUUGAAUAUAAUAAGUUUGGCUAUUAGGCUGUAGCUUUUGGAAUUAAUUUAGUAUAAACAUCUAAUUUAUAUUAUAAUAGUUCCUUUAUGCCUAUAAUUACAAUGUUAUUACAUAAAACAUAAGAUUUAGAACAUUUAGAUACUUAUUUCCAGUGGUUUAAUGUGUGAUUUUUGGAAAAAUAUACUUUGAAUAUAAAUCUGAAUUAACAAAAGUGAAUUUGUUUGAUGAAUAUGUAUAAUUAAGAGCUUAGGAAUUAGUAAAGGAAAAUGAAUUCUUAUUAGAACAUGAAGGUAUAUGAAUAUAUUACAUUAAAUUUAUAGAUAUUAAGAGAUUCGUCUGGUGGUAUGAAGAUUAUAAAGAAACCUUAUGUAGAGUUCAUAGAUAAGCUAAUGAUCAUGCUGCAACAGAUUUUAAAGAUUCUGAAUUGAUUUUGUAAGAUUUCAUUAGAAGAUAUACAAAUCCAAAUUCAGCUAGACCACUUAAUAUCUAAGAGAAAGGUGUUUUAUUCUGAA